CCUGGGUACGACUGCCUAUAAAAAGCACUCAAGGAACCUGUUGAUGCUCGAUCUCCCCGCAAGUACGACGUGGCGAACAAACAGCAGCCCUAAGGAACCAUUUUUCACCACCGAGCUCUCUUGUUGCGACUUGUACGAAGCUCGACCGCGAAAUUACCACGAAGAAGGGAAAAGUAUCCGCUGCAGCCUUCGCUUGUGAAAACCUGAAACUUUGGGUCUUUUCUCGACGACGAGUUCCUUCGAGCGUUUUGUCUCCGGAUGUCGAGUUCGCGUUACUCAGCAGCUUGUGCUCGAACUCCAGAGAACUUGCAAGUUUGAAGACGUGUACAAAAGUGACCCUUGCCAAGGAAGUUGCUACGCAUCAGUGCGAAGUGUUUCAAUGUCAGCCUGGAAUCGGGGGCAGAGGAUAUGUGUCGCCUCCGCAGCUCCCGUCAGAACUUUAGACAUCGGACGGAGAUUGUCAGGCUGGUUGCAUAACGAAAGCACGAGAACGCAAGAACGAGAGACGGCAACAAGCCAGUGAAGAAGACGAAUCUUCUUGCAGAGGCUAGUGAAGAAGCUGACACACUACCGCUACACCGAGCUUCACCGAUGAUUAAACGACGCGUCCGAGGCCACAAACAUGUACGAGGAAGUGACGAAGGAUCAUCGUUCAAGAACAUGCCUCCAGUAUUCUUCAUCCUUCUCGUGCUCUUCAUCUUCCUAACAAGUACUGCUAUCGUUACCGUGGUUGUAUUUCGAAACUUGGAUCAGCAAUUCACAGACAAGGUAUCCGUAGUUGCGAGAAAAUUAAAGCUGAAAACAACGGCCGCUCGUAUGGAUGCGACGCUAGUAUACGGCAUAUAUGAUCGUAACAACGUCACAACUGAAGCAAGCUGCAGUGACCAAAACUGUGGGGACGACACCAACGUGAAAACCGUUGAUAGCGUAGCGCAGGUGACGCUGACGUCAGAACACCAAUCACGAGACACCAAUGACGGUAUUACAGUGAUGAGUGAUACGGAACACAAGGCAAACUCAGAAUCGACAGCAUUGCUUGCGGAAUCAACUACAUCGAACUCCAAUACAGACGAAGAUGGCGUUCAUUCCGAAGAGAGUAACACAUCUACUGGCAGCGCGACUGCUGUUCGCAGGGAGAACUGGAAGGCGGAACUACAUUUUUUAACGCAGAGGGCAUUUGUAUUAAACACAGUGGAAAGGUUCGCAGUGAGCAACAGUACUGGCAACAGUGUAACAAGAAUUACAAGAACCGAUACAUCCCUUCUGGUUCCAACCGAAUCCCGAAAAGCAACAUGGAGCUCAGGCGUAUGCGAAACAGCUGAUUGCGUUCUCAUUGCACACUUGUAUCGGCUGUCAGUGAACAAAUCUGCAAACCCCUGUCAAAACUUUUACAAAUAUGUCUGUAGCUCCUCAAAAUUAAGCCACUCCGAAGAAGGCAAAGUGAAUGCGACGAUCGGUAUCAGAGAAGCGUUUCUAAAGAUAACGCCAUCUGGUUCGCCGCAGUCUGCUAGCCAUAAGGCGAAAGCAUUUUACGAUAAGUGCAUGGGAAGGCGUCAGGAUACGAGCGAGAAUCUUCGAGAAAUCCAUUCAUUUUUCGACCUAAACAAUUUGUCUUUUGAAGCAGACAACACUUCAGACCCAUUCCUGACUACGUUACGUCUGUUAUUGGUCCAUGGCAUCCAAGUGUUUUUAGGGAUCGGCAUCGGCGACCUCACCACGGCAGCUGGCAACUAUGUGCUCCUAGUCUACCAAAGCGAAGAAUUUAUUUUCUGGUCGAGGAGAAAACGAAACUUCACUUCACUGAUCGAAUACCAACAUUUCGUAGCUGAACGGUUCAGUAAACUCGGCAUAACGGACCCGGCUUACGUACGUUGGGCGACAAGCCGACUCCACGAAGCUGAAGAGAAAAUAUUUUCAAUCAGACCGAAUUCGUCGGAAAGCGGCGUUCUCGGGUGGAAUAUUAAAGAUUAUAUCACAGCUGAGUCAAUGCUGCCGAAGUGGCUGCUGGCAUUAUCGAUCUAUUCUAACGGCACCUUCGGGCUAACGAACAUCGUUGCUUCGGAGAAGUCCGUGCGAAUCUUUCUUAAUAGCGUCUUUGCUAGUAUCAGCGCGAGCUAUCUGAAUAUCUACAUCGCCUGGGAAGUAGCGAGACAGCUUCUCAGCGUAUCUGGAGCGCUAGACCGCGAUGCUUCAGACUACAGCCGCCAGUGCUACUCAAUGGCCCUGAGCCUCAUGAAGUAUGCUGUUAUUUCCGUUUACUUUGAGCCACUAUUGAUUACUUCAAGAAUUAAUGACGUCAUAGACAUGAUUCACAACAUCAAUGACAAGAUCGAGCGAAAUAUUAACAAAUCGGACUGGGUUGAGAGCACGCAGAAGAUAGUCCUUGUCAAGAGAUUGAGGAACAUGAAAUAUCAAGUAGCUUUCCCAAAAGGUUUGCGCACGGCAGAAGCCAUCGAAGAAAUGUACCUAACUUACCCAGAUGGGAACGAAUGUUUUGUGAAGACUUACCUUAACGUUGCUGCGUCACGAAUUGCGUACGUGUACAAGCUUUACAAUACACAAGGCCACGACAUCUUGCGUCUGGAUUUCAAUAAUUUACAGUUUGCCUCGUACUACAGACACAAUAAUGUCAUUUACAUUCCCGCGCUUUUAUUAGUGCCACCCGCGCACAACGAUGGAGCUCCUCCAGAAAUAAACUACGGACAUCUUGGGCAAACUAUCACCCAUGAUAUCAUGGUCGUCCUCGCCAAGGCCCUAAGGGCGAACACUGGACGUGCACGUUCAUACAAUUGGACAUCAAAGAACAGUUACCUAGAACGCAUUACUUGCUAUGAAAAUAGCACGAAAAGCAUCCCGACGCCAAGGACGGUAGCCGAAUUUCUUGAGGACGUCUUAGGUUUUAAAUCGUUGUACGAAGCUUACAAGGACGCAAAGUUGAACUCCUCCAGCGCUUGGACGUCGGAUCUACAAGGACAUUCUUCGGACCAGCUGUUUUUUAUUGCAAGAUGUUUCUUGUUCUGUGCCCACAAUUCUUACGCUGCUUCUGACGGUCUUCCAAGAAAUGCAUACCGAUGCAACGUUCCCUUGUCUCACUUCGAAGAAUUCGCUGCUGCUUUUAGUUGCCCCGAAGGAAGUCGUCCGAACCCUCACAAGAUGUGCGAGCCCUCGUGACAGACUUGAAAGUGUCGCGUCAAAGAUUCUCAACUCCUUAAUUGUUUUACACGGUGUCGUGACUGCGCCACCAACAGUGCUCAGAACAGCCUCAACGCUACCUCGUUGGUUGACAACAUACGUCUCCUGCAUAGCGCCCAUUAAAUAAUAAAUAGUUUCCGACGGUAUA